AUGCCCGCCUCCUCCGCCAUACAGCAAUCCCUCAGCCUUCUUGUGCCCAGUCACGCCGCAAAACUCCCAUCGCAACUAUCACAGCUCUCGGAGUCUCUGCUCGCGCUAUCCCGCCAACGAGCGUCCCACUUGAAGCCAGAGGAAGAGAUCGCUCGAGCCUAUGCGUGCUGCGAGAUCGCCUGCAAGAGACUGCGCGCGCAAUGUCGCUUGCCUGCCGUCAAGGCCGGCGGUGCGCCGUGUAAGCCGGCCGUGUAUAAGAAGCUGGUGACGUUCUUGGAGAGAGUGUUGGACCAGGAUGUCGCAGCUACACCUACACCGAGGAAACAACAACAGCAGCAGGCCAAGACAAACAGUACUGCGACUGCAACUGCAAACGCAAAUGGCAGAGCAAGCUCGAAGAGAACAGCAAAGGAGGCGGAGCUUGACUCUGAAUCCGAAUCUGAGGCAGGGCCGGCGGACUCACCGUCCAAGAGAGCAAGGAAUACCAACUCCAAUACCAACACACCGUCAAAGACACCGCAAAGUGCGAAUGCAUUUUCAAAAGCCAUCACAGGAAAGAGGACUACCCACAAGAACGACGCCGGUCUCGAAGCCCCGGCGUUCGUGAUGCCCUCGAUCCGGAAUCUGUGCAGAUUAUUCGCGACCCCUCUUGUCGCGCCGCACGUAUACACCGGAACAUCUAUCGUAUUGAAGCUUACUGGCCUAUGGCCACGCGAUGAAACCGUCGGAAACAGCGAUGAGCAAGACAAUGAUGCGACCGAAACCGAAACCCGAACAGGACCGGCCUCAUUUCCACCGGGCUGCUCGUUCGACCAAACCGUCACGGGUCUCCUGAUCGCAUUAUACCUGAUGACCCUGACACGAAUGCAAACAGCGAAGAUGACAACAUCUGUAUACCAAGCCACCUGCACGAAAAGUGUCCAAGAAUUAACUUAUAAUCCCGGCACGGAUGGGGUGGAAGCGUGGAUCCGAAGAAUCAAUCGAGAGGGAUAUUGUCGUGGCCAGGACUGGUGGGCUAGUGUGCCGGAGUCGGUAUUUGAGUUUGACCCUGACCAUGCUAGCGACACCCCCAAACGUGGUCUACGUCGGGUCAGACGUGGUGGAGUGGGAGGGCAACCGAACAUCAAUGGAGCUGCAACCGAAGAAUAUCAGGAUGAUGACGAUGAAGAUCAUAUCAUGUCAGCAACAGCCCGCAAACGGAGACCGAACGGGAGGAGUGGCGGCCGAGACGUCGGACAGGGAUACCAGACCGAAGGGCAAGAUGAAGAAGAAGAAGAAGAUCCCGACAGCGUUCUUCUUCCAGGUCUGGCUACGAUGAUGCAGCACGCCGUGGAUUUCACUAGUGAAGAACGAACGCAGGAUUUCGAGGCCUGGAAACGGACAUUCUUGAGAAAGUUGGACAGAUUGGAUAGAACCAAGGCUUCUGCUGCUGCUGAAAGACGGAGAACCUCCACAACUAGAGGUCGUGCCGGUAGGGCCGUCGCUGUCCAGUGA